ACCGCCCGAUCUGCUGGACGACGACCCGUUCGCGAACCUGUCACCGGCGCCGUCCGUGCGACGCGGGCGUCCGCCAUCACUAGUACUGACCGGGAUCGACGCGCCACCGAUCGCGGAUGACACGCGUUCUCUACCUCCAAGGUCGCCACUCGCUGUCGACGCGACGGACGACGCGUCUUCGACGACCGGCUCACUCGUUUCUCUACCCGACGUGUUCUCUGCACCGCCCUCGACGCCGACGAAGUCGCGUCUGAGGUUCCGUAUACCACGACCGAAGUCCUCGAAUGGACUGCCCAUACCAGGCCUGCGUUCGCGCAGAGGCCAUCGUUACCGUCACUGAGCUCGCUGGCGCGUGCCCAUGUGCCCAUUCCCAAGGUACGCAAGGACGUGUGGGAGCGCAGUUGCCCGCAGAACCGUGGAAUGCCAGCGAAGGCGAGCCUUCUUCCGCGUCACCUUCUCCGGAGGGCCGCAGGCGACAGAGACAUCUGAGGCGGCCCACGGCGCUGUGCACGAUCCGGGACUCGCGCAUGAUCAUGGAUGGUCAGCCGUGGUUCGUCAGAGAUGGAUCGCCUGUGCACGGGAGUGUCGUGCUAGUCCGAGAGGCGGCGCACGACUCAGAGACGUUGGUACCGCCUCUGUUGCGAUCGCACGCUGCACCAUUCCCACGUCACCUUGACUCCCCGCCGUCGUCGAUACCGUCUCUUUGUCCUUCUUCUCCCACUUCUUCAUCUCGUCCGCCGAUCACUCCAUCCAGCUUGACACCCCGCACACGGACGUGUUCCCGCCGGACACGCGGCACACGCGCUACUUCAACAGCGAGCUCGUCGCGUCGCUCGACUACGACUACAGCGACGCGCUCUCGCAGCUGUCGGGGCCGCCUUCGCCCGAGGCGAACAUCCUCGACUACCUGUCGUCGGCAUCCGCCGGGGCGGCCAACUAUUUCAAGCCCGGUACUUCUGCGGACACAGUCCGGACGCUCAGCAUCGAGGCCCACGCGCGGCCUGUGUCCGACGAGCCCGAGGUCCCCUUUCCCCAGUCUCGACCACAUCCGAGUUCUCCAUCGAGACGAGCACGAGCAGCAGUGGCCACUCGCGCUGUUCGUCGCGUUCCACUUCCACCGACUACGGGGAAGAACUGCCGCCGAGUGCUAGUCCCCGCCAGCGUCUGCGCGUGUCUGCGUUUGGCAUACCGUGGCCGUCGUUUGGGAGGACGCCACCGCUCUCUUGCUACACUGAGUACAAGCUGUUUGACACGGAUCCAUCUGCCG